AUGGAGCUCAAAACUUUCUUGGUGAUGGCUGUCCUGCUCUUCGGUGUUGAAGCUUCCAUCAAAACUCUGGCUUAUUUUGGCGAAACUGCAAAUUUGCCGUGCAACUUUAUAAACGCUGAAAACAUAAGCCUGGAUGAACUUGUGGUAUUUUGGCAGGAUGGGAAAGAUAGAGUAGUGUAUGAGCUAUACCAGGGCAAAAAGAAAACUGACAAUGUUAAUUCCAUGUACAAGGACCGUCACAUACGUUUUGACAAGGAAAAUUGGACCAUCCGCCUCCACAAUGUCGAAAUCAAGGAUAGUGGCAAUUACAAAUGUUUCGUCCAUCGAAGGAGUUCUAAAGUACUUAUUCCCAUGCACACGAUGAACAUUGAAUUGUCAGUGGUGGCUAACUUCAGUCAACCCGCUAUCAAGGAAGAUUUUAAUUCAUCAGGCAAGUCUGACAUAAAUCUGACAUGCUUUUCUACACAAGGCUACCCACAACCUAAGGCAAUGUAUUUUUUGCUUAAAACGGAAAACUCAACUACCAAGUAUCCUGCUACCAUGGAGAAAUAUCAAGAUAAUAUCACAGAACUUUACAAUGUGUCUAUCAGCUUAUACUACACUGAACUUCAUAAUACAACAAAAAUUAGUAUCCAGUGUGUCCUUUGUGUUGCUGACGCCCAACCAGAGCGGACAGAGAUGUGUUAUUUCUCCAAACCGUAUGUUAAAGAUCCAGAGAAAUCUGAGCCACGCUCUCCUCCGAAAGAUCCCAUAGUCUGGAUUGCUGUUACCCUCCUACUGGUCAGUGCGGUAUUCUUUCUAGUGCUCUGGAAGAAGAAGAAGCGGCAGCCCAGCCUCUCUCACGAGGAUCAUGAAUGUGGUGAGUCAGUCCUUCAGGGUCCACACUUGCUAUGUGGAUACUUCUGCUACCGGCCAGGUGGCAGGCAGAACCGCCUUAAAGUGGAGCUGGAAGAGACAGAAAAGGCCAAGCACAGAGUAAAAGACAAUGUACUUGCAAUUCCUGUUGAAGAAGACAUGCCUGAUGUUAACAUUUCUAAGACGCCCUCUUCUGACGACAAUAGUGCUGCUAGCAUUAAUUAA